AUGGAAUCAGAAAACCAAACAACAGUCUCUGAAUUCCUCUUGCUGGGACUCUCAGAGGAUCCAGAGUUACAGCCUGUGCUUCUUGGGCUGCUCCUUUCCAUGUACCUGAUCACUGUGCUUGGGAACCUGUUCAUCAUCCUGGCCAUCAUCACAGACUCCCACCUGCACACACCCAUGUACUUCUUCCUUUGCAAUCUGUCCCUUGUUGACAUCUUCUUCUCCUCCACCACUGUCCCCAAGAUCCUGGUGAACAUCUGGACCCAGAGCAAAGCUAUCCCUUUCGCAGGCUGUCUUGCCCAGAUGUAUGCCUUCCACCUCUUUGGGACCAUGGACAGCUUCCUCCUGGCUGUGAUGGCCAUUGACCGCUUCAUGGCCAUUGUCCACCCACUGCGCUACUUGGUCCUCAUGAGCCCCUGUGUCUGUGGGUUGCUGGUGGCUGGGCCAUGGGUGCUCACCAACCUCCAGUCCCUGGUACACACCUGCCUCAUGGCUCAACUGACCUUCUGCGCUGGCUCUGAAAUCCCCCACUUCUUCUGUGACCUCAUGCCCCUCCUGAAGCUCUCCUGCUCAGACACGCACAUUAACGAGCUGGUAAUCUUUGCUUUUGGCAUCAUCAUGGGUGUUAGCCCACUGUCUUGCAUCCUCCUGUCUUAUAUCUGCAUUUUCCGGGCUGUCUUCAGGAUUCCUUCUGCUCAGGGCAAGUGGAAAGCCUUCUCCACUUGCAGCUCACACCUCACGGUGGUGUCGCUAUUCUACGGGACCAUCUUUGCCGUGUACUUACAGCCCGCAUCCCUCAACUCCUCCCAGAAAGACAAGGCAGCCGCACUCAUGUGUGGGGUGAUCAUCCCCACCCUGAACCCCUUUAUCUACAGCCUCAGGAACAAGGACAUGAAGGCUGCCCUGAAGAAGCUUGUCAGCAAGGCAGCCUCUUCCCAGGCCUAG